CCCUAUUCCUCUUUCAUCUUCGGUAACUCUCUCUCCUAAAUUAAACGCAAGAAAAGAGGCGAUUCGGAGCACCUUCUGCUCUCAGAUCCAUCGCUAGGGCUUGUGAUCUUUAUUCUUUUAUUCUUCUCUAGUUGGGGGUCGUCGAUCGAAGGAUGUCGUCGAUGGUGAGGACUUCGGUAGUUGGGCGGAGUAAGGGGAUGGAUCGGAUCAAGGGGCCGUGGAGCAUCGAGGAAGACGAGGCGCUGCGGCGACUGGUGGAGCGGCAUGGCCCGAGGAACUGGACCUUGAUCAGCCGGUCCAUCCCUGGGCGUUCCGGCAAGUCGUGCCGCCUCCGGUGGUGCAACCAGCUCUCGCCCCAGGUGGAGCAUCGCCCCUUCACGCCGGAGGAGGACGAGACAAUCAUCCGCGCCCAUCGCCGGUUUGGUAACAAGUGGGCCACCAUUGCCCGCCUCCUCUCGGGCCGCACCGACAACGCCAUCAAGAACCACUGGAACUCCACCCUCAAGCGGAAGUGCAGCAGCCCGACCGCCUUUGCCGCCGCGGCCGACGGCGCCGGGGGAUCCGCCUUGGCGCUGGACCGCGACGAGGAGAUCGCGGCGCGGCCUCUGAAGAGGGCGAGCAGCGUCGGGCCAGUACCAGCGUCCGCUAGCGCGCAACUUUGCCUGAGCCCUGGGAGCCCAACAGGGUCGGAUUUGAGCGACUCCACCCACCAUGGCCACCCGGCAGCGGCGGCGUCUUGCAUUUACCGUCCAAUCCCCAGAACCGCCGGCAUCACCGUACCCCCUUCCUCUUCUCCUUCCACUGCCACCUUCCAAGAACAUGACCUUCAGAUCGAGGCGACCGGCGUCUCCUGUACUGCGUCACCAUCUUCCUACGCCAAGGACGAUCCUUUGACAUCGUUGACCCUAUCGCUCCCUGGAACGGAUCGAACAGUCACCUCCAACCAGAUCCACCAGUGCCCUGAUGCAAAGACCGGCGACGAUCGGCCGCCGCAACGCCCGUUCCAAUUCAGCGCCGAGUUGUUGGCGGUGAUGCAAGAGAUGGUCCGCAGUGAGGUGAGGAGCUACAUGUCCUGUUUGGAGCAGAGCGGCAUCACGCGCGCCCUUCAGCCUCCUGAGGCGGCCAUCUGCGACGCCGCCCCCAAGCGGAUUGGACUCGUGAACAUCGAUUAGAUUAUCAGUCCUUGCUUUAGCACUGAACAGCGUAGAAGAAAGGCGGCGACGUCGAAUUUAUUUUUUGUUUAUUUUCCCUUCUUCCCUGCUUUUUUCUUGUUCUAAAUCCGUCGCGUUCUGUUCGAACCAAUAAGCUGAUGUGAUCUAUAAGACAUGUUCAAAGAAAUAGAUAAGAAAAAAGAGCCUUUUGUUUC